AUGGCGGCCGCAGCAGCAGCAGACGCGGGCGAGGACUUCGUCCUUGAAAGAGAAGACGAGGAGAGCGGCAGCAGCCACAUGGGACCCCCGGAAUAUAUUGACAAGGAUAUAGGAGAGCCAGCAGCAGCAGCAGCAGCAGCAGCAGCAGAGGCCCCCACCACCCACACCACCAAACCCAGACUCAGGGGGCCCCCCAGGGUACCACUGGACUCUUACCAGUGGUUAGCUCUUGUUGCUGCAGUGGGGGCCCUAAUGGGGGCCCUUUGGCUGCAGCUAUCUGCUCGCCGGGGGCCCCGGGGGGGCCCCCUGGGGGGCCCCCGGGGGGGCCCCCUGGGGGCCCUCAGGGGCCCCUGGCUGCCCCCAGAUGACCCCAGGUGGGUACUGGCAGAUCUCAAGCUUGAGGGGUCUCGACUGCAGCAGCAAUGGGACCAGGCAUCAGCAGCAGCAAAAGAAGAGUUUUUGAAGGCUUUGCGCGUGCAGGACAGCAGCAGCAGCAGCAGCAGCAGCAGCAGCGGCGUCAGCAGCAGCAGCAGCGGCGAGGACGCGAAGGAAGCGCCGUUCGCUCUGCUGCUGCGGCCCAUCAAAGGGCUUGCUGCAACAGUUCAGGAAGUGACCCAAGCAGCAGAAGAAGCAGCAGCAGAAGCAGAAGCAGCAGCAGCAGCAGCAGCAGCAGCAGCGGAGAGGGAAAAGAAAGAAGAGGCCCGAGGAGCAGCAGAAGCAGCAGCAGAAGCUGCAGCAGAAAGGGAAAUGGCAACUAAAGAAGUUCAAGCAGCAAAUGAAAAACUUAAAGCAAUCAAGCAGCAGCAGCAGCAGCUAAGAAGCAGCUUGUCGCUGCUGCUCUCAGGUGUAUAUGCAGCUCGCCAGCGCCUCGGGGUGUACGUACAGCUGGAGAAGCUGCAGAAGGACACGGGAGUGGACUUCUUUGCUGCUGACCCUGCAGCAGCGGCGGCAGCAGCAGAAGCAGCAGCAGAAGCAGCAGGAGCAGCAGAGGAGGAAGUGACCCUGCAGGAGUUCCUGGCGAUGCUGAUGGGCAAAAGUGCAGAAUCAGCAGCAGCAGCAGAAGGCGAGGAGGACGAGGAAGCAGCAGCAGCAGCAGCAGCAAAAGAAGAAGAGAAGGGCCUGGCAGCAGCAGGGGAAGCAGCAGCAGCAGAAGAGGGAGGGUCCGCAACGGACGAAGCCGCAGAAGCAGCAGCAGCAGCAGCGGCAGCGAAGGCCGCAGCCGCAGCAAAGCCCGCAGCAGCAGCAGCACGGAAAGCAGCAGCAGCAGCAGCAGCAGCACCUGCAGCAGAAGCAAAAGUCCCCAAAAGCCUAGCAGCAACUUUUGCUGCUCUCUUCUUGAGGGGGCAGCUAGAAGCCCAAGCAGACUACACAAUUGCUGCAGCAUAUAUUCACUACUUCAACAGCAGCAAACUAGGCGGUGCUGCAGCAGAAGAAGCAGCAGCAGCAGCAGCAGCAGCAGCAGAAGAAGAAGACCAAGGAGGCUUCCCUCUUGCUGCUUUUGCAAAAAUUGUUGAAACAAAAUCAAAAUUAAAUGAAGGAAAUCCUUUUGACGAAAAUGUGCUGCUGCAUGCGCUGAGCAACUGGGGUGUACAUACACUAAAAAGCGCAUGCACCGAUCUGCAAGAGUGGCAGCAAAUUCGAAAUGAAGAAUCAAAUUUAAUAAAAGUGGACUUUCUAAAACAAUUAAAUGUUGAUUUCCGAGAAGAUGAACUCCAGAAAUCCCUUUUCGGCAUCCUAGUCGCGCUCCUCUAA